AAAAAAAAAAGAAGCUAGAUCAAGGUAGGUGUAUUGGUCUUAGGGCACUAUCCGGCUCCAUCGUCCUUCAUCCACAGCUCCCCAUGAUCCCUGACCCCGAAGGAGAGACUCUGGGCUGGGGCUGCCUUCACAUCAAAACCGUGAAGACAGUGGCCCGGGUCAUCAUCAAGAAGUACUACACCUGCCCGGGCAACGACUUCCAUACCAACAAGUGCGUGUGCGAGAUCACCAUCAGCCCCAACAAGAAGCACAGCACCACGAUCUCCGGCUGUGUCUCACGCCUGAUGAAGCGGAGUCAGAGAGGCCCCGUGAGAGGCGUCUCCAUCGGGCUGCAGGAGGAGGAGAGAGAAAGGAGACAGCUGUGUUCCCAAGCUCUCAGCCUGAAUCAGAUCAUGGAGGUAGAUCCUGACACUCACGAAAUGCUGAAGCUUUUGGACUUCGGCAGUCAGUCCAACCUGCAGGUCACUCCGCCUACGGAGUGGAGCCGUUUGAGCCUUUCUGCUUUGCUGUCACAUUUUCAAUAA